AUGUCCGGCUUGACCUCGCUAGAUCCGGCACCGGCAAAACGGCAAUCGAAACCAUUUCCGUCCAUAUCGCAACCGAAACUCGUGGGAUUCUUCAGCAUCGACGCACACCGGCAGUACGAUGGAGCGGCCACACAGCUCAAGUACCUUUCGCUUCCACCACCGCCACGAACCGAUCUGCAUCUUGACCUCAACGAAGGAUUUGAAAUUCAUCACCCGAAACCGGACAGUGCGAAGGCUGAAGGAAUUGAUAUGCUGCUGACCUACCUGCGUCACAAUAGCUCCCCCGAUUGCUGGACACACGGACCAGAGUCGGAACUGGCGGGGGACAGCCGCACCGCUCGGUUACGGUACGAUUUCGUUUGCUUUCGCGGGUUGCUUCGAUUGAUUGCGUGCACACCGUACGACCGGAAUACGGGCUGGAUCGUACAGGCGAUCCGCUACCGUGGUACGAUCUAUCUAUGUGAAAGACCCACGCCCGAGAAGCUGGAAUCGCACCGGAAUGAAACCGAACAGCAGCGACGGUUUUGCUUUUACGGGUUCAAGUUUGAGCAACACAUCCUCACGGAUCGUCCUAACAUCCGGCCCGACACUUCCGAGCCCGUCGUGCUGUCGGAAGAGUUUUGCUCCCUGUUCGACAGUACGCUGGCCGGCAAACGGUUACUGUAUGGUGCCGAAAUGGACGGGAUCAUCUGGGAGCAGCAGCGGCCACCACUCGAUCGAGGCGGAUUAACGGUGGACGAGUUGCGACGGUUGGAGUUCGUCGAGGUUAAAGUGAAACGGCGUGAAACGAAUCAACGGCAGGUUGAUAACUUUUAUCGCUUCAAGACGAAGAACUGGUGGUGCCAAAGCUUCCUGGUGAACGUACAGCGGAUCGUGGUGGGUCUGCGAGAUGAUCGAGGCAUCGUCAGGGAGAUAACGGAGAUGAAGCUGAAGGAUCUGCAGCGCGAUUCUCGUCACCAUUGGUCAGCGGCCGUUUGUAUAAACUUUUUAGAUGAAUUUCUCCAAGAAGUGACCACCGUACUGGGGGGUGUGGAAGAUUGUACGAGGGUUUUUCAGUUUGAGUACAGCCCACAGGACCACUCACGUGUCCGGUACCGAGAUUUAGGCGCUAGGCAUCCGGAAGCAUUCCUUCCUCAAUGGUAUACGCAGUUCGUUGCAAGCAAAUAAAACCUCCCAGAUUUACUGCUAGUCGUAAGAAGCGGACUCUCUCUA